AUGGAGCUGGUGUGGCUGCACAUGAUGCUGAUCCACGUGCAGCAUGUCGCUGCUGUGACCUGGCUGUCCCUGGCCAAGCAGAUUUCCCUGCAGGCAGCCCUCCGGGACCCCAGGGGCUGUGGUGGCCUGAUGGGGCAGGUGGAAGAGCAGGUGGAAGCCAUGGAGGCGGUGAAGUGAGGUGUGGAGCUGGCUGCCCUCGAGUGCCAGCACCAGUUCCACUCUCGCCGCUGGAACUGCUCCACCCUGCAGGGGCUGCAGGUCUUGGGCAAAGCCACCAUCCAAGGCACGCAGCAGUCGGCUUUCAUCCAUGCCAUCUCCGCUGCCAGCUUUGCUUUUGCUGUCACCUGUGCCUGCAGCCACGGGGAGCUGCACAAGUGUGGCUGUGACCACAAGAUCUGAGGAGUCAGCCCUGAAGGUUUCCAGUGGUCAGGCUGCUCUGAUAACCUGUUUUAUGGGAUUGACUUCUCUCAGGCCUUCGUGGACAGCCCUGAGAGGAGCCGCGGUGUCUCCUCCAGCCAAAUGCUCAUCAACCUGCACAACAAUGAGGCAGGGAGGGAGGACUCUGGAAAUGCCUUCUCCAGUGCUCAGCUGUUCCUUUGGCUGGAGAAAUGUUUCCAAGAGGAGUUCCAGCAGCUGCCACAGUGA